AAUUAAAAUACACACACACACACACACUCACUCACGCACGCACCACCCUCUUCCUCUUCAGAUUUCAGACCUCUCAUCACCAGCCAAAGAGAAAGAAAAGUAAUAAUAAUAAAAAAACUCAUGGGCAUUUGCAGUUCUUGUGAAUCAGCACAUGUAGCAACGGCAAAGUUGAUUUUACAAGAUGGAAGGUUACAGGAAUUCUCAUACCCAGUCAAGGUUUCUUAUGUUCUUGCCAAGAAUCCGACCUGCUUCAUUUGCAACGCUGAUGAAAUGGAAUUUGAUGAUGUUGUUUCAGCUAUAAAUGAUGAUGAAGAACUCCAGCCGGGUCAGCUCUAUUUUGCUUUGCCAUUGAGCUGGUUGAAGCAUCCAUUGCAGCCUGAACAAAUGGCUGCAUUGGCUGUUAAAGCUAGCUCAGCUUUAAUGAAAACUGGAGGGGCUGAAAAAUGUAGGUGCCGCAAGAAAUUGGUGUUUUCUGCAGACAAUGAUGGUCGCGGUGGUGGGCCGAGCAGGAAUGGUGGCAGGAGUAAGCUUACGGCAAUGUUGAGUGCAAUUCCCGAGUAGGGAUAGUCUGGGAAUUUAGGGAGGGGGUAUUGGUGUAAAUAUUGUAAUGAUGGGGGUUAAAUUGUUGAGACUCUUGGGAGGUUGUGCUUGGUAAGCUGCUUCGGUGGUACGAUACUUCUGGCUGUCACCCAUUUAAGGGUCGUAAUACAAUUUUACCCCUAGCUAUGUUCGAAAAUAAUAAUUAAUUUUUUCUUAUUA